GGAGCCUCCAGCAAAAGGGGAAAUGGCAGCGGUCACCAGGAAAGACCCAGGUAAGAUGUCAAACCAUUUUUAACAGGUUUGAUUAUAUACUUUGGGUGACCACCGUGGCACUUCAUAACCACUACAGCAGGAUGUAAAGGUUAUGGUGCUGAAGUGUUCCGAACUUUAAACAAGCUCCACUAGUCAAGUCAAGUUGGUAUUUUUUCCAAUUCUAUUAUUUCCUUUCUGCAAUUAAUUUUCUUUUAUUAAACUGAUAAAAUUAAUUAACCCAGAAUAAACUUUAUAAAUGUUUUUUAUCUAUGUUAAAUUAUGAGUAAGGGAAGAAUCUUUAUUUUUCUCCCACCCCCUGCAUAUUCCCUCCCACUUUCCUUGCCAAUAUCUUCAUCUUCAAGGAUUCAGACUCAGGAAUAUAUAAAGAGAUAGCUCAUCCGAGAUACAAAAACUUCACACACUGUAAAGGAAGUCAACAGGUAGGAAUAUUGAAAUUAUUUACUCAUUCACCAGCUGUGUUUUAAUUUACUAAAUAUAUGUACAUGCAAAAUGUUUUUCCAUGGGAGACUUUAAGAAUAUAGUUUACAUAGUUUACACUUAAAUGCAUCUGUUUUAAAAAUACUGAGAAAUGAAAUUAAUAACCUGAUGCAAAAAUAGUUUAAUGAAUUCUGCAUUGUUUGAUUUAUUUGUAAUAAAUUUGUAAAUGUACUUUUUUUUUGUUGCUAUUUGCAUUUCUGUUUAUAAUAUUUAUUUGCUAUGUGUGUUAUUUUAGAUUUAAUACUUUUUGAUGAUUUGCCUUUGUUUGUAUGUGCAAAUCAGACAAUCACAAAACAAGUUAUAUAGUAAAUUGAAAGCCAAAUUUCAAAAUGUAGUCAAGCUGUUUUGAUUUGAAAAACGUCUGCAACUCAGCUGGCUGUUUUAUAUUACAUUUUGCAAUUCAGUUUUCAGUCAGUACUUUUCGCAGUAAGGCUUAUUGUGUAUGCACACAGUCUUUCAUAUGAAACAUGAUCCACACAUAAUUGUUACAGUGCCAGUAAUGCAUUGCUAUAACAGCUUUUUAUAUUGAAAUGGUCAGAUUACUAAAUAGCAAGUCGUGGCAUGUUAAGUUCACUAUGUUGGACAAAAUUAAAAUUUUCAGAAAAAUUGUUUUGUUUUUUUUGUUUUUUCUAGCUAUUUUGUUUUUUUGCAAAAAUCAAAAAUGUAUGAAUGUUUUAUGACUUAUCGGUUAUACAUGAGUAAAAUUCUCCUAUAUUUUAGCAAAGUCAAGCAAACAGGAAAAUGCUGGGAAACCAAAAUUAGUUUCAAAUUUAAGGCUGAAAUAAGAUUUUACUUGAAAAAUUGAAAGGCUUGAUCUAGUAUGUUCCUUUAAUUAAAAACUGAAUUUCUCAAUGAACUGGUCUACGUGCAGUGCCCUUGGUGUUUUACUCUUUCAAUUGCAGAUACUGCAAUGUUUUGAAUCCACUAGAGGCACUUACGCACUCAUAAAUGAGUCUGACUCGCUCAUGGGAUAUUCAGGACUGAAUUUACAUCACAAUUCUCAAGUGCCACCCACCAUCCCCCCACCCCCAAUCCUCAAGCACAAACUUAUUUUAAAAAAAAUGACUAUUUUAAAUACGAUAAAAAUGUUGUAUAUACACUCACAUAAAGAGUGAAUGUGUGUUUGUGUAUAUAUAUGUGUGUAGCGUUUGCACGUCUGUAGCAGUGUUAAUGGAUUGCAGGAUAAAACUUACAAGGAAAGGUUAAAGGAUCUUGAAAUGUAUAGCUUGGAGGAAAGACGAGACAGGGAGGAUAUUAUAGAAACAUUUAAAUGCAUAAAGGGAAUUUAAAAGAAGAAAAACUACCACAACAAGACAUAUUCUUAAAUUAGAGGGGCAAAGGUUUAAAAAUAAUAUCAGGUAAAGUAUUACUUUACUGAAAGGGUUGUGGAUGCAUGUAAUAGCCUUCCAGCUGAAGUGGUAGAGGUUAACACAGUAAAGGAGUUUAAGCAUGCGUGGGAUAGGCAUAAGGCUAUCCUAACUAUAAGAUAAGGCCAGGGAAUGACAGUUUUUAGAAAACUGGGCAGACUAGGUGGGCCGAAUGGUUCUUAUCUGCCGUUACAUUCUAUGUUUCUAUGUGUGUGUAAAUGUGCAUGUAUUUCUGUGUAUGUGUGUUUGUGUAGAACAUGUCCAGUAGUUUGUAUAGCAGUGUGUGUACACUGUGGGAAGCAGUAUGUGCAGUACCCGUGUGUGCAGUGUGGGUAGCUGUGCUGUGUGUGUGUACCUGUCAUUUCAGACUGUCAGAGUCCAGUCCUUUUCCUUUCCCUGACCAGUCCUCUCCCUCCUGCAGCUAGCUGUGUUCAUUCUGAGGUGGUUGUUAGGCUUCUCAGACUAAAUACAGUGAUUCCAGAGUGGUGGAGGCAGCAGACACCAGGCAAUAGGUUGGGGGAUUUUAACAGGCAGAGUAAGUGCCCCUAUAGGACAGGUGUCUAUAGGCAGGGGCAGUGGUGUACACACAACCCAUGGAGCCCCGGUGCCUAUACUGAUCCGUGUACCGAUGCCGGAGCCGGAAUAACGUCUCCCUCGUGCGCCAGCCCGAAAAGUGACAUCACUGCCAGCCUCGGGGGGACCUGAGGUGGCCAGCUCCUCUUUGAUGAGUCAAAUAAGCUGUGUUCACCAUUUUAAAUGUAUUACAAAAGCAAAUGUUUUAUUUUAAUGUCAUGAUUAUAUUCUUCCACCAACAAUUUAGAGAAAUGUAGUGACCUAUUUUUCAGCCUGUGUUACACAGAUACCACCAAAUUCAGAAGUAGGUAAAACUGCUAAAGAAUUAAAGGGAUACUAUAGUCACCAGAACAACGACAGCUUAUUGAAUUUGUUCUGGUGAGUAGAAUCAUUACCUUUAGGCUUUUUGCUGUAAACACUGUCUUUUCAGAGAAAUACCUGAAAAGUGAUACCUUCACUGGCCACUCCUCAGAUGGCUGUUAGAGAUCCUUCCUGGGUCAUGGCUGCCUAAAAUGCAUCCAAACAUUCAGUGUCUCCACCCUCUGCAUGCAGACACUGAACUUUCCUCAUAGAGAUUCAUUGAUUCAAUUCUUCUCUGUGAGGAGAUGCUGAUUGGCCAGGGCUGUGUUUGAAUCAUGCUGGCUCUGCCCGUUAUCUGCCUCUUUGUCAGUCUUAGCCAAUCCUUAGGCAAAGCAUUGUGAUUGGAUCAGGCCACCACUUCUGCUGAUGUCAGAGGAAGUUCACAGGCAAAGGCAGCAUCUUCAGACUUGAAUACAAGUAAGAUUUUACUAUCUUGAGAGUGGCAAAGGGGGCUAAAGGGACUAGAUAGUGGUUUUAACACUAUAGGGUCAGGAAUACAUGUUUGUGUUCCUGACCCUAUAGUACUCCUUUAAGCAUACUGUCAUACAAGAACAAUGACUGUAUACCCAAGAAAUGACUAGCCUGGUUUAGACCAGACAAUCUCAAAACACACACACACACACACACCUUCCCAAAUAAAGUACAUUUGUUAAAGUUAAAAUCUUUACGAAUACUCAGAUUGACUGUGUUGGAAUACCCUCUGCCUAACCAAACUUGACACUGAGCGGGAAACAAGGUCUUGUGGGAUCCUCUACAGAACUCAGUGCUGUACUCACGCACGGAUGACGGCACCCGCGAGGAACAGGUUUAGGUAAGUAACACUCACCUUGGCCUGCCCACCUGGCCUCCGGACCCCCAGUGGUGAUGUAUUCAAAGACCCCAGGUAGUGACAGAUCUAAUAUAAAGGUUGUAGUCUUCAAUGUAGUCACGGGUGGCCAAAAAAGAGACAUCCAGCUUCUGAAGAACUGCAAAUCCCAUUAUGCUUUGCAAUAUGGCUGGCAAAGCAUCAUGGAGGCUGUAGUCAGGGCCGGCCAUGGCCAUUAGGCGCCCUGUGCGAAAUGUCUUCACGGCCUCGCGAUAAGCCCCGCCGCCUUGUUUUUUUUUUUUGUUUUUUUUUUAUAGACCCGGGUGGAGAAUAAUUAAUCCUCCACCCAAGUACCUGUUUUAGCUCCCCUGUCACCUGACCAUGUGCGAGUUGUGUCGGCCGCAUGGCGCCCCCUGGUCCAUGGCGUCCUGUGCGGCCGCACAGCUCGCACACCCCUAAGGCCGGCCCUGGCUGUAGUUGUACUUCUACUAGGGAUCUAUGUUUCGCCACUUGUGAUGUAACGUAAAAUAUAAUUACCUGAAUUUGUUUUCAUUAACAGACUAAUAUAAAGUUAAGCGACUCAGUUACUGCAAUUCACAGGUAAAAAGUGGAUGUUUUCCAAAGAUGAAUCCAGUUAUCUUGGGAAUCUUCUGCCUGUUAGCAUGUGCCCAGAGUCGAGCCAUACAAAAUGAACAAUCGAAUGCUUUGGAUCUGUCAGAAAACAGAGAACUGGUAAGUGAAAAAUAUAAGAUAAUAUGGAAUCUAUAAUGUAGUGUGAAUGGAUUCACAAUGUUACUUAACUUCCUUUGCAUUGGGAUAAGGAAUUGAUUUCAACAUGGAUUUAGCCAACCAGAUAAAGAUGUAUGAAGUACUGCAUCAGGGAGUGUGGCAUUGAGUGCCUGCAAUUGUAGAUUAAAGGUAAUUGUGUAAAUCAGGGGUGCCCAAAAGGUAGAUCCCCAGAUGUUUAUAAAACUACAGCUUCUAUGAUGCUUUGUCAAAGUUCUACAACAUCUGGGGAUCUACCUUUUGGGCACCCCUAGUGUAAAUGAAAGAGUGCAUACCAAGGGAAGGGCAGUGUAGUGACACUGAUCAAAUGAUGUAAAGUUACCAGGCUUUCUUUAAAAAAUGGGUUUGUAAGUAGGGGUUUGAAAUACGCAUCUGAACUAUGGGGCCCUCAGUUUGAUUCUGGUUAAUUUUGGCAAGCACUAGAGAGUUCUCUUCUUUCUCUUUAAACCUGUGUUCCUUACACUAUAAUGUCCCUGUUUCUAACUCCCUCGGCACUGGCUAGGUAUCCACUUUCUGUGACAUCACUGCAAUGGUGGGACCUAAUACGCAUGCGUGGCAAGUUAGGCUCACCUUAAAACUUCCUAUGGGAAAUUUGAAGAAAUUAGCCAUCCUCAUGAAUGAGAACGUCUAACACCGGUUAACAACUAAGACUCCGUUAGGACCUGGAAGCACCGCAAGUGGCUUCUGGAAGACAGCCAGUAGAAGUGGAGUUAAUUCCUGAGUUAACACCGUAAUAACUAUAGUUUCUCAGAAAAUACAAUGUUUUACAUUGCAGGGUUAAACAGACAGGGACACUGCACCCAGACCACUUCAGUGAAAGUGUCCCGUUAAAUGUUAAUUUUUACCUUCAAAUGUACCUUAAGCACUUGAAUGGAAUAUGCAAGCCGAAUUUGAAGACAACAGCAGAAGAGGUUUAAAGAGUGAGAGAAUUUGUGAAGUUCUGAAACUGUCACUACUAGACUGAUAAUCAAGGCCUAACAAGUCAAAUUAGACAAUUAAAGAUGUUCUGUCACCUCAUGAAAUUUUUUUGCAUAUUUCGGAAAGAAAAUAUCUUUAUGAAAUACUCGUAUUUACUGUGUUGAAAUUUCAUUAGUCACCUUUGGGGGUAAAUGCGUAAUAUGCAAGGACCCCCAAGGGAGACAGAGCCGCUUUAGGUUUCUGAGACCUUACAAAGAAAUUGCUAGUGUCCAUACCUUUGCACAUGCCCGAUUUACAGUUUUAUUUAUUCUAUGAGUUAAAUUCAGCAAAUUAAUAAUUCCAUUUGCAGAAAUAUGUAAUUUUUUGUAAUAACCUCUUUUGACUUUGAAAAUAAGCAAAUUUGUUAUUUGGUCAAGAUGGUCAAAAUAUGCAUACAACUGUAUGUACAACAAUUAGACUCUAGACUUUUUAAAGUCAAUUUUAAAACUGAACUUGUGUUUAAAAUGUUAAGUAUUAUAAGGACAAGCGACACAAAGGCAACUGGGUUAAUAGUCAUUCAUUAAAGGACAAGGAGGCUCAUAUUAUGCUUAUAUUUUUCUUUUAUUCCUCAGCAGCAAAGAAAGGAUAUUUAGAUAUUCAUAGAAAAAAACUAAACAAGUACCCUCAGAGGGUUAACCAUAACAUCUUAGCCAAUGAGAGCAGUCCACAUCGCAUAUACUCCCAUGUGACCCUAAGCCACUCCUCUUUCUUUGCUGCUGCCUCAGCUAAGUACCACAGAAUGUUUUUGCUAUUACUGGUUUGAUAUUGCUUGUAUUUAUGAAUACUAAUUUUCCCUGUAUUUAAAGCAGGGCCCUCUGUAUCUGGCCGUCUGCUUUCCGUUUUCCUGCAGGGUUUUCAACCCACCACGCCCGACGGCUAACCCUCAUCCCUCUUACUUUUUCAGGUAGUUUAUUACAAGUGGUUGUCCCGGCCUCGGCGACCCCGACGUCCUGAUGUCUCCCUCUGGCCUCAGUCUUGGUGACUGCCCUCCGGUUUGCGGUCUAUAUUAUGACCGGUGCCACUCGCGCAUGCACAGUUCGCAGCUGAGCAUCACGAAGGCCAUCUUGUGUGUGGCAAAGUAUUGCCGCGCUUUUUGCUGAUUGGCUGCCUGAGUUGCUGGGCAACUUACUAGUGCUUCCCUGAGGCUAUUCCUGAGGGAACACUCGGUAAGCUGCCAGUAUAUUUUGUUGUGCUUUUGUCCCUUGCUAGUUUCUUGGGGCUUAUUGUGACUCACAGCCUGUUCAGCCCAGUGCUCCCUUCUGUGUCAAGAUACCUUUUUUCACUUAGUUCACCCCAGUGCAGAGUGUGGUUGCCCCAUAUUUUGUCAUCAUGAAGACCCCUAUUGAGUUGGAGGUUAAUGCUCCUAACACCUCUGAGAUUGCCACUAGGCAGCGACUGGCCCUGUGGGAGGACGUAGCCUCACUGGAGCAGAUGAACUCGGAAGAGUUCCACUCGCCCCUGGACGCUACAGUGACCAAAUCGGUCACCCAGGCCAUCUAUACUGCCAUGGGAGCUAUGUCGGACAAUUUGGCCCACUUCAUUACAUAUGCUAUUAUGGCGUCUAAUCACGCCCCUGGCUUGACUCUCCCUAAGGCCUCUGACGAUAAGCUGGUGGUCCCUAGCGCCAUAAGGCUACAAAAAAGACCCACUAUGUGGGCAAACAUACCUCCAAAACUGGAUUGAUGGACAGGUUGCCUCCUGUUACCAUUGCAGACGUGGGGCCCCCACAUAAAAGAGUCACCCGCCGGGCAAAAGCAUUGUGGACUUGGAAAAGGACUAAAGCCCUGACGGGUUUUAAUAAGUGUUUAAACUUAAAUGAAUUGCAUUUAGGCAAUAAUCCAAUAAGAAGAAGUGCAAGUAAUCAACAACACAAAGUGCAUUAUUAAGUAUUUCUUCAGAGAUGCAUUAAGUAACAUUCUUUAAGAUCAUGAGAAUAAUCUUCAAUAGAAACAAUAAGCAAUAGCUAAGAAUAUUUGCAAAGCAAGAAACAGUUCAUAGUGAAUAAACAUGAUGGGAGUUGUCCUCCAUAUAAUUAGUAGCUUGAAGCAAUGAGUGUAUUUGCAAAGCAAGAAACAGUUCAUAGUGAAUAAGCCUGAUGGGAGUUGUCCUCCAUAUAAUUAGUAGCUUGAAGCAGUGAAGAUUUGAGUAAGCAAGCAUUAGUUCAUUAUUAAAUGAUAUUGUAGACAAAUAGCUGAAAGAUAUACUUAAGGUUAAUAUGUGUAGUCCUCCAAUAGUUCAGAGAUAUGGUCCACUUGUAAAGUAGCAAAGUAUCCGUUAUCCAGUAAUCCUUUAUGGCAUGCAGCAAUCCUUGCAUUGGCUCAAAGGCUGGAACGGCUUGUCUGAGCUUGUGGAGAGGUAAGUCUGGUGGAAGUACCUCCCAGUAGCUGAGCCUGUGGAGCCCGCGGUCUCGUGGAGGCAGCUCACACAUUAGCUCACACAAAAUCACCAAGCACCCUCUCUCUGGCCCAGUCUCCCUAAAUACCGUCAGAGCUGUGUCAGAGGGGGGCGGGGUCCGGCUCCUCACAGCUGAGUGCCGAACUGGAAGUGUUACUCCAUGACACUUGGCUGCAAAACCGGUAAUCUGUGCUAAGGAGUUUGCGGACACUUCCGCCAUUCUCGACCCGCAGGGAAAAACCCUGUUUGACCCCGAGGCCCUGCAAAAUCCUAGGUUGGCUGGAUGUGGCCCAGUAUAUUGCAGCUAGGAUUAGGAAACCCCUAAAUAAGGCCACGAGAAAUAAGCUUAGGUAUGUGUGGCGUGUGCCACACUGGACGUAGACCAUUAGGUCGCCCAGUUCCUGGGAAAAUCAGGCCUUCCUCCAACCAUGGCCGAACAGAUGACUUUAUGCAUUUUUUCUCCCUGAUGGCUCAGACACUAUUACACCUCAGACGUUCUCUGACGUCUUUAGUUCUCAUACCCCCAUUUUGGACUGCACAACCUUGGUUCCCUUCACUCAUGGAGAUGCCCAUGGAUCUUCCCAGACUACUUCCUGAAUCAACGCACCUCUUACUGGACCCCGAUUGGAACCCACAUCCCCUUCUGCUUCAAGGACACCUCAUACUAUUAGCGUGGCUCCUCUCCGGGGACCCUGUGUCAUGCCAGACGUUCCACAAUAAACUCUUGACUUACUCACGGGAGCCUGAGCCCAUGGAACAAGACAAUCCUAUGGUCAUGCCUGGAACAAAUGGAGUUGUUGGCGCGUGGAACAACAGGUGCAUCCCAUAUGUGCUUCUGUAAAUUACCUGUUACGUUUCCUUACUAUCCUGUAUGACAAAGGUUUGGCCUAUCGCAUUAUUAAUGUCUAUUGAUCGGCAAUCAUAGCUGGUCAUCAUGGGCUGGAUGGUUCUCCUGCUGGUAAACAUCUAUUGGUUUGUCGACUCUUACUGGGCAUUAGAUUUGCACGACCACCUCAACCUCGAUACAUGUCACUAUGGGAUGUGAAUCUGGUUCUUCGCCUGUUGGAAACCUGGACAUGGAAUACAGAACUCAUGCUUAAACAGCUGUUGGCAAAAUUGACCAUGCUCCUCUGUUUGAUAUCAUGCAAACGGGUGUCAGAUGUCCGUGCGCUGGACACUGACGCACGCUCCUUUACCCCUACGGGAGUUUCUUUCAAAAUUUCCAGAUGUACCAAAUCAUCGGUUACUUCAGUUUUCUACCCAUCGUUUGCUCACAAUGUUAACCUCUGCCCAGUGGCUUGUCUCCAGGAAUGUUCCCAGGAAUAUGAAACACGGAUCAGUCAUUCAGGGAUCCAGCGUAUCACUAGUUGUUCUUGGCUAUCAAACUACCUCAUCACCCCGUAUCUACAGUGACGCUAUGGCGCACAUUCUACUAGAGGGGCCAUGACUUCAAAAACUUUCAACUUGGAAGAUCUUCUUCGGACGUCAUCAACGUUUAAGUAAUAUUACUUUCGCCCUCCAGAACAUGUCUCAUCGAUGGUUAUUUCAAAGCUUUGAACUAGCAUAAUAUGAGCCUCCAUGUCCUUUAAUAAAUUUACCAGAUUUUACUAUUUACAUGAUGUAAAGUCAUGAUUUUAUUAAGGACACGGAGGCAAAUACUAGCCCACCCGAUACAGGUACGUUUUACGGUUUGUUUUCCCUCCCAUAUGUAUUGAUCUUAAAUGUCGGGAUUGCUGUCUGAGUAGGUUAAUUAAUUGUUCCAGGAUUUAGUUACCUUCCAUAUGCUUAACUGAAACAUAACUAUUAGAUUAUUCAGUUUAGUCACUACUGUGGUAACAUAAGUGAUAUUCUAUAGGAACAUAUUUUUACCAUUUGUUCUCUCUGUUCAUUCCAGCUUAACACUUUACGUGUCGCCUCAUGGACAACAACUGUUUGAUUGUCUUGUUGUGUUGCUUCAGUUCUUGUUUGGUUCUUUUCGUUGAUUAUUGGUUUUAGCAUCACCAAGAAAGAGGAGGGGCUUAGGGUCACAUGGGAGAAUAUUUAACCAAUGGUAACCAAAACCAGGGUUUAACCAGGGUUAACCAAAACUAAGAUGUUUUGGUUAACCCUCUGAGGAUAUUUUUUAUCUUAAUAUCCUUUCUUUUCUGCUGAGGAAUAAAAGAAAGAGAUAAGCAUAAUAUUUGCCUCGGUAUUCUUAAUUAAAUCAUGUCAUGUAAAUAGUAAAAUCUGGUAAUUGUCUUAGGGCACACAUCAAGUGAUCAAUAGCUAAUCAGUGAAACUGUAAUUGACUUGCCACAACCUCCCUCCCACUCUCCUCUCUACUUCCGUACUUGGAAAGCCAAGACCAUUAGUGGGUGAUUUUGGGGUGGGUGGGGCUGUAAAUUUGUGAGAAACUGAACUCAGAUAAGUUAGCAUAUUCAUUUUUGGGAACUAUAACUUGAUGGGUCCAAGUAACACCACCUUGGUAUCCUUAAAGAGACUCUACAAGCACUCAGACCAUUUAAUCUCAAUGAACCUGUCUAGUUGCUGUGUCCCUGCCCUGUCAUUUUAGCCCUGUGAAGAAAAAGACUGCAGUUUCUCAGACUGCCACUAGAUGUGGCUUCCUGGUUAGUAACCAAGUAAAACGUGGCUAUUUGACAUUCAACGUCCUCACGCUUUGAGUGAUCUAUGUUCAAUGCAGGUAGCUCUGAUGUGAGUGUGUCUUCAUUGAAACCUACUACUGCAGAUACCCCAUAGGAAAGCAGUUAUUCAAUGUUUUCCUAUUGGGAAGCUUGAAUGUGUGUGGUUCUCGCUGCACAUGAGCAAAGGAUUGGACCAUCGGUGGAGGAGGUGACAUCGCGGAAGGAGAGGUGAGCAGAACUGGAAAAAGGUAAGUAAAUCUUUUAUAUUUAUUUAUGUUUUUGCAACUGGGAUGGGUGAAUUUGAAAAAGACUAGGAACUAAAACACUAUAGCGUUAGGAAUACAGAUUUGUAUUCCUCUAACGCUAUUUAUUGUGUUCCUUUAAUAAAGGGAACACUGUAGGCAAUAUAAUAAUUUCAUCUCAUUGUUAAAUUGCUCAAAAAUGGUUUAACACUACAUCGCCACCAUUUUUGAGCAAUUCAACAGUGAAUGAGGGUUCUUGGCUGCCAUAACCCCACCCCCACUGGAGGUAUUGCUAAGGCUGAGAUAACACACACUUCCUUGUAGCCUUAGAAAUCCAUACCUGCAAUGGCAAUGUGAUAGGCUGGAUGCAGUCAACUGACAAUCUCAGCCAAUCACAGCCACUCACUCCUGCUCUAGCUUAUGCUUCCUCAGCCCAAACAGCACAGGAGAGCAUGGGUUGCUGUGGAUUCUUAGUAACAAUAAAAUGGUUUAAUGCUAAAUGGAAGUAUAGUGCCAUCUGCCAUGGGACUGCCAACACUAUAACCACUUUAAUGAGAUGAUGCAGUUAUGGCAACUACAGUGUCCUCUUAAGCAGUUUAAGAUAUACCAGACCCCUGCUGUAGAACCCUAUUUACUGUUUACUACAUUUCAUGGACAAAAGUUGUUGUUUUUUUUCAGCUAAAACUUCUAAGGAAGUUUAAAGAAACACCCCAUUGCCCAAAUUUGAAAACAUGAGGUGGGUGCAGACUAGCACGAGAGGAAAAAACCUCUUUGGAUUGCUGAUCGACAGCCAGGAAUGUAUUUAUGAAAGUGCCAAUUUCUAUUCAUGAAAACUAUGAACUAUGAAAGUGCCAAUUUCUAUUCAUAUCUGCACUUUUAUAAACAGUCACAAAUGUGAUAGGCUCCAGACACAUCAAGCUGAAGUGCUUUAUAUGUGUAAAGUGUUCCUUCAUAAAGAAUUUUAGGUUGUGGAAGAAUUUUAUUUUUGUUACACCUUUUGUACAGAAGAAAAAAAAUACAUUGGUGAUAUUAUUUCAGACCAUGUAUAAAAUACAGCAAGGCAUAUAUCCCCCAUGUUUUGUUAAUCUUUAAAGGGAUUCUAUAGUACCAGGAAAACAAAGCCAAAAACCCCUUCAGUCACUUACCUGAAUCUGGGUAAACUCUACCCACGCUACUCCCCUGCUGACGUCAGCCGGUGGGUGAGACCUAAUGCGCAUGUGCCGCAAUGGCCGCGUUUGCAUUAGGAUUUCACCAUAGAAUUCCAGUGACGCUGGAAGUCCUCAUGAAUAGCGUGAGGACGUCUAGCUUCAUUUAGACCAGUGUUUCCCAACCCAGUCCUCAAGGCACACCUACCAGUCCAGGAUUUAGGGAUUACCCAAUUGUGUCUAAGGUGUUUUUUUUCUUCUUUGUAAAAACACCUUAGACACAACUGGGUAAUCCCUAAAUCCUGGACUGGUAGGUGUGCCUUGAGGACUGGGUUGGGAAACACUGAUUUAGACGACCAAAAGUCGUCUAAGCACCCAGAAGUCCCUCUAGUGGCUGUCUGGUAGACAGACACUUGAGGAGGAGUUAACCCUAGCAGGUAAUUAUUGCAGUUUCUCAGAAAGUGCAAUAAUUACCACUGUAGGGUUAAGGGACAUGGCAUCCAGAUCACUUCAAUGAGUGAAAUGGUCUGGGUGCCUAUUGUAUCCCUGUAAAUGAAUAAACUAAUAAAUAUGUAAAGAAAUAAAGAUACAUUUCACAAUUUUAGGUCUCCCUACAAAAAUGUCUAAAGUUAUCCUAUAUUUUUCAUUCAAAGUUUAAAAUAAUUGUUGUGCAAUUUUUUUAAACAGAAAGAACGUGAUAUUAACCUAAAAGGGUUGUUAUUAAAUGUAUGCCAAACAUGUUUUUAACAAGAUUAUCAUACUUUAUUGAUAGAAUGCCAACUGAUGUUAAAUAUACAAAUAUAUAAAACAAUAAAAGAUUCUGAGGGGGCACCCGGAUUUGAACCAGGGACCUCUCGAUCUGCAGUCGAAUGCUCUACCACUGAGCUAUACCCCCUGUGAUAAAGUUUAUAUUAUCCUGAAAAACAAGUUAGGUUAGUUGACACAUUGCAUUGCAAUGUUUGUUUUGUAUAUUGUGUAAUUCAAGAAUGGCAUUUACUUGCUUUUUUCUUAAGAGGUACCUUCAUACUUAGUAAAGGAAAUACCUUGAAAUAUGCAUGAACGCGAAAAUUAUAGCAUUUGCUAAACUGUUUAGUUACUAUUUACAAAGUAAUUUACGUGUAUUACUAUACACUGAUCAGCCAUAACAUUAAAACCAACUGCCUAAUAUCGUGUAGAUGCCCCUCAUGCUGCUAAACAGCUCUGAUAUGGCGAGGCAUGGACUCUACAAGAUGUCUGACCCCUGUCCUAUGGUAUCUGGCCCCAAGACAUUAGCAUCAGAUCCUUUAAGUCCUGCAAGUUGCGAGGUGGGGCCUCCAUGGAUUGGAUUUGUUGUUUCAGGACAUCCUAAGAUGCUCAAUCAUGGGCACUCUGACUGGUCUGCGGCAACACAGCCACAUAUACGGCAAGCUGCAGUGUUCUGACACCAUUCUAUCAGUGCCAGCAUUAAGUCUUUCAGCUACAAUAGUUCUUCUGUGUGAUCGGACUAGACGGGCUAGCUUUCGCUUCCCACGUGCAUCAGUGAGCUUUCGGCGCCCAUGACCCAUAUGCCGGUUUACCAGUUGUCACUCCUUGCAACACUUUUGGUAGGUGUUAAUCACUGCAUACCUAGAACACCCCACAAGGCUUUUCAUUUUGGAGAUACUGUGACCCAGUCAUCUAUCCAUCACUAUUUAGCCUUUGUCAAAGUCACUCAGAUCUUUUCCCUUGCCCAUAUUUCCUGCUUCUGACACAUGAGUUCCAGAACUGACUGAGCAUGUGCUGCCUAAUAUAUCCAUGGCCGGAUUUAAAAACUUUUUUUUCUUAUUAUUUUACACACUACUCUUAGGGCUGACAUCUGGCCGGUAUUUAUUUGAAGCUGCCUGGCCUGUGCCGAUAUUGAAGUAAGUCCGGCAAUACACAUGCUGGUAUUUUUCCCAGUAUAAACAGAGAUUACUCUGUAAUACCAGCACUGGCUAGAAGGGGUCACUGUUUGUGUGGAGAGAUGCAGGGAUAGGAAGUUACAGCAUAUACCUGCAACUCUCUACUUACUGAUCCAAGGCGGGCACCAGCUACACAGCACAGAGAGCCCAGACAGAAGCUCCCAGCCUGCAGAGACAGCCUACAGCUAAGGGAAGUGAGGGAUGGGGUAAAGGCUGCAGGGAAACAUGGGGACAUUGUGAGACAUGGUGACACAAGGAGACGUCUGGGGACGCUGAGACACUUGGGGACACAGACACACAUGGGAACACAGACACACUUGGGGACACUGAAACAUGGGGAAAAAGACACACAUGGGGUCACUGAGACAUGGGACACUGAGACACUUGGGGACACUGCGAGUGACCAUGUCUCCCAGUGUCCCUAGUGUCUCAGUGUCCCCAUGUCUCUCAGUGUCCCUUAGUGACAUGGGGACACUGGGAAACAUGUGGACACAGACACUAGGGGCACUGAGACACAGAUGCAUAGUGACACUUGGAUACGUAGUCCCAGUGUCCCCAAGUCUCACAGUGUCCCCAAGUGUCUAUGUCCCCAUGUCUCACAGUGUCCCCUAGUGACAUGGGGACACAGACACUAUUGGACACUGGGAGACAGGGAGACACUGGGAGCAAUCCAUCUAUACAGCAGAAUCAAACUGUAGUUUUUUUGGUAAUUUUACAGAAUUUUCUCUUAUGUCACUCCUUGUGAUUUACAUCAUGUGAUGUCACAUAUACAUAAUUAGUUAUGCAAAUUAGUAAGGCCUGUAUUUUUUUCCAAGAAAGGUGGCAACCCUAACUACUCUUUACAUACUCUAGCGUAAGUAUGGAAACUUAAGAGAGAUAUAUGGAAACAAAACUUGGACUAACUGAAAUGAAAUUAGUUACGGUAAUGCUGACUUUGGUCUCUCUAACACUGUGGCAUGUUCCCUUUCUUCUACACUCACUACAUCCACCUUUUCUCUGUCUCAGACUGUAUACCAGGAGCUUCUGCCUGCUAGCAAGAAGGUAAGGAGACAAGGAGAAAGCAUGGAACGAGCGCAUUAUUAGACGCGUUUAUGUCACGCUCAGGAUGCUGUUGGCCAGCAUGCAUGAUUGGCAGGCAGCCUGACAUGCAUUAAUGCCAGGCUAGCCUUCCAAUUUUUUGGGCAGACACGCCUCCUUUUUAGGCAUCUUCGUCCCUUUGGGGAGAUCUGGUUACAUAAUCCGCAUCAGUGGCCCACCCUUUACACCGCCCAUUGACUUCCUGCUUCACUGGACACUGCUGUUAGGGGGUAUGAAUUUUCUUGAAAGAUGAAAGCAUGAAUUAGAGAGAGAUUAGCAUAUUUUAAAAAUCUGAGUUUUCUUUUAGCUGCAUCCACCAGAUACAUAACGCUUGAGAGGUAUGACUGUUUUAGUGGUUUUGGUCGAUAAGAUUCUAUACUUAGGCCCCUCAUAAUUGUCAGCACCAAGCCCACUGGGCUCUUAAUAUGUCCCUGAAUGUAUCCCUACUCUUGCCAUCGUAACAAUGUAAUCAAUGUUAUUCACUACAGCUGUCAAUGGUUUUAUUGUUGUGGCUGAUCAGUGUAUAGAUCACUACAUUACCCUAAUAAAAGCCACCCUAAUUUCUGCUCAACAGAGAAAAAAACGAAAGCACCUACUAAAAAUGUAUAAAACACCCCUUUUAAAAAAAAAAAAAAAAAUUCUUCCAUGCAAUGUUUAGAGUGAAUUUUGGAUGAACUGAAGCCAAAUGGAAUGGUGGGAUUUCAUUUCUUGCAAAUAAACACUGAGACUAUCAAUACCAGAUAAAGAAAUAUGAAUGCAAUCUGAUCUAAAAAAAAAAGCCUUCAACACCACCUUUAAGCUCAGCAUGACAAAAAUACAUUAUAUAAAUGCCUCAACCUAGACAUCGGACAUUAAUCUUCUUUCUUGUGCUCUGAAUUCUUGUUUGCGCAACAAUGCCAAAACAGGACUACUUCAGACCAAAUCAAACGCACAUUUAAAAACAUUGCCUGCAAAGAAACAAUCAUUUUAAACAUUGCACAAUAAGCAAGGACACAAUGAACCCAAAUAAUAAAAACCUAUGUGUGUCAUCUGGUUUUCAUAACUUGACAGAACACAACAGAAUCAUGUUCAUCACCUUAACCCCUUAAAGGAACACUAGUAAUGUUAGUAAUACAAAACUGUAUCCCUAACACUACAGAGCCCCUCUUCCUCCACGGCCCCUUGGCCAUGAAAGGUUUUAAAAACAUACCUGAUUCCAGCGCCAAGUCCCUCGAGCACUGCAUCUAUAUCUCCUGCUCCACGUCUGAUGUCAACAAGAUUCAGGAACCUAAUGCACAUGCCCUGCGAGCACCAUGAGCGCAUUAAGCCUUCCCUCAUCGGAAAGCAUUGACUCAAUGCUUUCCUAUGGGGUUUUACAAGAUGCUGGACAUCCUCAUGCACAGAAAUUUAGUAAUUUAGGUGACUAUAGUGUUCCUUUAACCCUGGGGUUAAGCGCUGACACUUUUACUUGACUUAUGUUUUUAAGAUUUUGGGAAUAAUCUGUGGUACAUGUACUAAAAUGUUUGGGAAACAUUGCUCUAAUGUAAGCAGGACCUUUUAUAUAGCGCCAACCUAUUAUAUUUAAAUAUAACUUGUACAUAAAUCUAUAAAUAUACAUAUAUAACAUAUGUAAUAAACUAAUAUAAAUGCCAAUAACAUGCACAUCAACCAUGUUGGGUCAUUGUUAUCUAAGAACACAAGGUUGUUCAAAUAUUACGAUGAUUCACACUUAUAGGACUUUAAAAGCUUCCUAUAUCAAAUCAACCUCUUAAGUUAUUGACUUUAUCAGUCUUUAAUAUACUGGGACAAAGGGAUGCAGGUGACUUAUUCCAUCUCCACAAAAGAACAUGGCAAAGCUCCCAAGAGGACUCCCCACAAUGUUCCAUUAGUUAAGUGUUCAUAGAAGAAAUAUUGUUUGUGAUUGCUUCCUACAAUGUGAAUCAAAGCAGCCUCAUUAGUGAUUGUAAAGCUUAAUAGAAUGUUGAAAUUAAUUAGCUAAUUUGAUUGGACUAUUGCAUCAGCCCAUUUUUCGAUUUGAAAUAACACAAGGUAUUGAAACCCUUACAUCAAAACUGAAGGAAAAUGUGACCGACAUUUGGUGAAAUCAGUUUGGCAUGGGAGUAUAAAUCAUCUACCCGUAUAUACUCGUGUAUAAGUCGAUCUCAUGUAUAAGUCGAGUGCAGUUUUGUGACCAACAAUUAAAACUUGGGGCUAUGAAAUUCUGUGAUUUUUAUAAUUAUAUACACAUACACUCAUACAAACACACACUCUGCAUUAUAUAUACACACACUGCAUUAUAUACACACACACUCAUACAAACACACACACUCAUACAAACACACACUCUGCAUUAUAUACACACACUCUGUGUAUAUAAUGCAGAGUGUGUGUUUGUGUAGUGAACUGGGUGGGGGGAGGGCAUUUUUAUUAUUUUAAUUUUUUUUAUUUUAAUAUUAUUAUAAUUUUUUUAUUAUUUUAAUUUUAUUUUGUCCCCCCUCCCUGCUUGUUAACUGGUCAGGGAGGAGGGCUAUCUUAAUCCCUGGUGGUCCAGUGGCAUGGGCUGUGAAGUGGGGGGGCCGGCAGGAAGCAUUUACUUACCUUUCCUACAGCUCCUGUCAGCUCCCUUCUCCUCCGUUACGGUCACCUCCACUGUAAGUUUCGAGGUCUGGUUGCCGCGCGGAUCGUUGCCAUGGCUCUGACGGCCGCGGCUCUCUAAGUUGCCAUAAUACAGACAGUGACUCGAGUAUAAGUCGAGUGGGGGUUUUUAAGCACAAAAAAUGUGCUGAAAAACUAGACUUAUACUCGAGUAUAUACUGUAGUUACAAAUGUAAUGUAGUUUUUGUGUGUGCAGUGAUAUAUAGUUUUUUUCUUUUUAUGUUGUACCAUAAAAGGCAAACCCCAGACUUCAACACAACCUUAUACAUUUGAUAUCUUUUGGCCUAAAUUAUUAAAGGGAUGCUAUAGUCUCCCUCAAUGAAGUAGUGUGGGUGCAGUGGCCCUGUCCUUUUAAUCCUGCAAUGUUAAACCAUGUCUCCUCCGUGAUAUUGCUGGAAGCAGAGCGGUAAGCAGUGCUGGGGGAGUCUUGGCACUGGAAAAACUUUAAGUGAAACUUUUAUCUUUUUAAAAGUUUUGAUUGCAAGCAUGAGGAGGGGCUAUUUCUGACUAGUGAAAGGAACACUAUAGCUUUAGGAGUGCAGGCUUGUAUUCCUAAUGCUAUAGAAUUCCUUUCAUUAUUCAUACAGAAUUAGUAUUUUUUGCAUAGUUGUCUCUAACUUGUGCAUCACCGAAAAGUUACUGACUGGUUUAGAACAUCAGCUGACCACUCUAGCCAAUCAGUGACGCCCCUGCACGCAGACAGGCUUCAUGAAAGUCCGUUUCAGAAGCCAGAUGACUAAGGGGGGACUUAGAAAGCGCCUGGCUACCUCCUUUUCCUUUUACCCACCAUCCUCUAUCCCACUUCCUUCAUUCUAAGCUUAGCGUCUUCCAUUUGCCCAUCCUUGCUAAGUUGUAUUUGUGAGUAGGUUUUGUGUUUGAAUGUAAGCAUGUUUUUGUACAGAGUGUUUGUGAAUGUAGAAGUGUAUUUGUGUGCAGUGGUGUGCUUGUAUGUAUUGUAGGCCAACAUAUUAUGUAGUGCUUCACAAUUUUCCAGUGGGGAUAUGUAACAAAGUUACUGACAGAUAAUAAAAUGGUGCUAGGCAGUUCAAACUGACAGGCUGAAGAAGUUGUAUUUUCAAUCCCUUGCUGAUUUGCUGGGGGUAUGCUACAGAAUGGGCUUGGCCAAGACACUCACAGGGAAGAUUACAACUGAAAUAUGAAUUAACAUGAUUAUUUUACACAGUUGUGUGGUAAAACAUAUAUAUUUAUUUCUACAGUUUUUAAAUGCCUUGCAGGCAUAUUUCAGAAGGAGAGGGAUCCAGAUCGAUAGAAAAGCACCUUCAUUUAUCAUACUAUCUUCAAAACUUCAAAGUAACCAUGAUUCAUACCCUUAUGGAGAAGGAUUUCGGCAGACAGGAAUAAGGGCCCAUAGCUCAAAAAAAGACAUUGGAUGGGUGAGUUAAUCCAAUACUUUGUUACCCUGAUAGUUCUGACAUGUUGAUAAUGAUGUAUUAAAAGAGACUGUUUUCUUAGUCCUUUGUGUUUUACACAUACCGAGUGAAUGUAUUUGCUUGUCUCCUGCUUAAUACAAUAGAAGUCCCAGUUAAUCGCUUAGUGUAUAAAAUCUACAUUGUUACAUAGCUGAAAAGAGAAAUGCUUCUAUCAAGUUCGGCCUUUCUCACAUUUGUUUUUGCUGUUGAUCCAAAAGAAGGCAAAAAACCAAGGCAGAUGCACAUUCUUGACCCAAGAUUGGCAGUCACAUAUCUCCUUGGAUCAAGAAGCUAAUACCCCACUAAUUGAAAAUCAAGUCCCUUCAUAUUCUGUUUUUGCAAAUAUAUAUCCAAUUGCUGUUUAAACAUCUGUAUAGACUGAUACAACCAACCCUUCAGGCAUUGAAUUCCACAUGCUUAUUGUUAUUACUGUAAAAAACAACAACUUUCUUUACCUUAGACUAAAUCUCAGUGUCUAAAUGUGUGACCUCUUGUCCUAUGUAUAGUCCUAUUUAUCAACAGAUUUCCAGACAAUGGUUUGUAUUGGCCCUGAAUAUAUUUGUAUACUGUUAUCAUAUCCCCUCUGAAGCACCGUUUUUCCAAACUAAAGACAUUUAAAUUAGUUACCUUUCUUCAUAACUAAAACACUCCCUUCCUUUGAUCAAUUUUGUAGCCCGCAUUUACAUUGGGUUACUUACUAAACUGCAAAUUGGAGCGAAUGCACUUUUUAUGCUGGGCACAGCUCAUUUUCGGGCCUAAGUACACUGGGGCCAUAUUUUGGGACUUCCCGAGAGGCCGAACCUUGAAGUUACUAGACCCACCUUAAGACCCCAACUGGAUGUCAGAUCUGCCUUCACUUGGGCUAUUAUACCCAGAAUAUUUUACCAAAGCGCCCCUGGAGGGUAUAGGCUGAUCUUGGUGCUAGGACUGGGACUCUAGCUGACUUUUUGUCAUCCAUCUCUUUGCCUCCAAUAAGAGUCAAUACAAAGCAUCCAGCAAACCAGCUCUAUGUAAUUGCUUUACUUAAAGGGAAACUCCAGUGCCAGGAAAACAAUCAGUUUUCCUGGCACUGCAGGUCCCCUCUCCCUCCCACCCCCCAAUCCCCGGUUGCUGAAGGGGUGAAAACCCCUUCAGUGACUUACCAGAGGCAGCGACAUGUCCCACUUAGCUGCUUCUUCCUCCGCCGCCGCUCCUCCCUGUGAUUGCGUCGGCCGGUGGGCGAGACUGAUCCCACCCACCGGCCGGGGAGACCUAAUGCGCAUGCGUGGCAAUGCCGCGCAUGCGCAUUAGAGCUCCCCAUAGGAAAGCAUUCAAAAUGCUUUUCAGUGCUUUCCUAUGGGGAAAUCAGCGAUGCUGGAGGUCCUCACCAGGAAGUGCGGUGAGGACAGCCACUGAGGACAGCCACUAGAGGUGGAGUUAACCCUGCAAUGUAAUUAUUGCAGUUUAUAAAAAACUGCAAUAAUUACAGUUGCAGAGUUAAGAGUAGUGGGAGUUGGCACCCAGACCAUUCCAAUGGGCAGAAGUGGUCUAGGUGCCUGGAGUGUCCCUUUAAGCUGGAACAUCUAUCUGCCUACUACGUUAUUGUAUAUCUUUAACCUCUUUAAUUGUUUGUUUUUUUCUUAGUCCGUGCUUCUGAGAACACUCAUUUGAUAGUUUACUUUAAAAAAAAAAAUUAGACAUCGUUAACCGGUAUACACAAAAAUGUUGAUGAGAUGUAUCUCAUUUGAAAUGGACGAUCUUUUAUGACUCUAUUUAUAAACUUCAAUUUAAAAACAAAAUCUCUCCUGAAUUCCAUCCUGACAAUUUAUUGUUUAAGGAACAACCUCUAAAAUUUUAAAGGAACACGAUAGGCACCGAGACCACUUCACCUCAUUGCAGUGGUCUGCGUGCAGUGCCCCUGUCCCCUUAGCCCUGCAAUGUAAACCAUUGCACUUUAAGAAAAACUGCAACAUUUACAUUGCACAGUUAAGACGCCCUCUUCCAGACAGCCAGUAGAGGCACCUCCUGACUUUCUAGGAGUUUAACUUUGCAUGAGGAUGUCCAGAGUUUUUAAAAUCUCAGUAUAAAAUCCCUGAUUCAGUGCCUUCCUAUGUGGAAGGUCUAAUGCAGGGGUCCUCAAACUACAGCCCGCCAGGGUCCAGAACCCGGCCCAAGCACUCAGGGCCACCCAAUGGGCCCUAUAUCUUCAGGGGCCUGGUCAGCGCUGUGGCCGUGCAAUAGCGUGACCGGGUCCCUUUAAAAAAUCGCAGCCGCAAAGUAGUGCUGGGAGGAAUGAUGGCCGGUAUUCACUUCCUCCAAGCUCCCUCAGCGCAGGAGGGAAGAGAGCCAGGUCGCGGGAGCUACGCCGACUACCGUCAGCCACAGCCACCCUUCUGCAAAAAAAGGUAAGCAAAAUUAGCUAUGUAUGUCAGUGUGUGUGUAUGUGUGUGUGUGUGUGUAUAUAUGUCUGUAUAUGUAUGUAUGUCAGUGUGUGUGUGUAUGUAAUGUAUGUGGAUGUAUUUCAGUCUGUAUGUCUGUCUGUGUGUGUGUAUGUCUGUCUGUGUGUAUGUAUUUCAGUAUGUGUGUGUAUGUAUUUAUGACAGUAUGUAUGUCUGUGUGUGUGUGUAUGUAUUUAUGUCAGUAUGUAUGUCUGUGAGUGUCUGUAUGUGUAUUGUGUAUGUAUGUAGAUAAGUAUAUAUAUAUAUAUAUAUGUAUGUCAGUAUGUGUGUGUGUGUAUUUAUGUCCUUAUGCGUGUGUGUGCAGUGUGCAUAGGAAUAAGUUAAUAUUUUUUAUAGUCCGGCCACCAACAGUGUCUGAGGGGCCGUGAACUGGGCCCCUGUUUAAAAGGUUUGAGGACCCCUGGUCUAAUGUGUGCGCAGUGUGACAUCACUGGAGGAGGAGGUCGAUUCAGCACCAGAAAGGGGUAAAUGAUAAAAGGAUUUGUACACAUUAGACAUGGGAGGAAGACCUAGAGGGAAAAAGGCAGAUGGACACUAUAGAAAUACAUUUUUGUAUUCCUAACGCUAUAUUGUUCCUUUAAAGGACCACUCUAGGCACCCAGACCACUUCAGCUUAAUGAAGUGGUCUGGGUGCCAGGUCCAGCUUUGGUUAACCCAUUCUUUUAUAAACAUAGCAGUUUCAGAGAAACUGCUAUGUUUAUGAAUGGGUUAAGCCUUCCCCCAAAGCCUCUAGCGGUUGUCUCAUUGACAGCCGCUAGAGGCGCUUGCGUGCUUCUCACUGUGAUUUCCACAGUGAGAGCACGCCAGCGUCCAUAGGAAAGCAUUGAUAAUGCUUUCCUAUGCGACCGACUGAAUGCGUGCGCAGCUCUUGCCGCGCGUGCGCAUUCAGCCGACGGGGAGGAGAGGAGGCGGAUCGGAGGAGAAGAGCUCCCCGCCCAGUGCUGGAAAAAGGUAAGUUUUUACCCCUUUCCCCCUUCCAGAGCUGGGCAGGAGGGGAACCUCAGGGCACUAUUGUGCCAGGAAAAUGAGUAUGUUUUCCUGGCACUAUAGUGGUCCUUUAAAGUCAAGUUUGUUUACAAAUCUCAUAUUUCUUUGGAGCCAAACGGUUUUCUUCCACUCUUAGUUCUAUUGAUAUAAUAAGUACAGAAUUUAAAAUCUUUAUUUUCUAUUACAGGAAAACUUCUUCUGAUGAAGAAUAAGAAACAAAAACAAGCAUGAAUUAAAGAAUGACUUCUUUUUAUACUGAAAUUACAAUUCAGUGUCCAAUAAUAGCAUUCAUUAAAGUUUGACAUGUAAUUUCUGUUCUGUAUGUUUGUGUCAGCUUGUUUUAUAGAAAGCUGAAUUUCAAAUAUAGAAUGUAGACAUUUAAAUUUUUUUAAAGGAACACUUAAGGCCCCAUAAUCCACUCCACCACCACCAACAGAGCCGAUCUGAGCUAAGUUUGGCAGUACAGAGCUUCGCUUAUUGGCUGAGAGCGAUUAGGUGAUGCUAACUAGUGCAGCUCAGGAGACGUAAUCGUUUUUUCUUAGCCUAAGAUAUGGGAGGUGUCUAAAAAACCCAAGGUAAGAAGUCAAACUGAUCAAAAUGGAAAAAUGGUUUGUCUACUUACAAUUAGGGAGACUCCAGGGCUGUCCUGGUACCAUAACUACUACAGUGCCAUGUACUGGAUAUGGAGGAAUCCAGUUAAACCCUUACUUUGAUAAGAAACCUCAGCACAAUAUCUUACUUGGAAGGAAAAAACAGAAAAUAAUCCCUCCCUUAGGCAGGGACUAUGGAGUGUGUCCUGAAGAUAUCCAGAUAGGGGGUAACCCUAAAUAUAGACUUGCAAAAGAAAAAGUGAUCCUAUGGCAGAAAUGUCCAGGAUACACGGAUAGGAUAUAUCAGAGUUUUCUUUUACUGAUAAAAACCAUAAGUUUAUUAAUCAUCAUAAACAAAGACAAAGAAAAUAAU